AAGUAUGUUUAUAAACAUGUACCGGGUAUACAGUUUGCACGACAUUGAUAUGGUAGUUUCAACAUUCAUCAUAACUAGAGGCAUGUGUGAGGAAUCGAAUUAAUCGGGGAAAAUGAAUCAAAGUACAAAGUGGUUAUAUUUCUGGGUGGGGUUUGUGCUAGUUACAUUACAGUUUGGUUUAGUAUUUUCGUUUGGGGCUUUGUUUACUUCAAUUCGUGACACUUUUCAAACAGACAGACCAACUACAGCUACUGUUCAUGCCCUAUUGAUGGGUAUAUCAACAAGUUUUUGUGCUGUAAGCGGAGUAAUAAUCAACAAACUCGGAUUACCUGUCGUUCUUUUGGUGUCCAGUAUUUGCAUGUCUUCAGGUUUUGCAGUGUCAUUUAUCGUUACAGACAUUUGGUAUCUUUAUGCUACAAUUAGCAUAUUGGGAGGUAUUGGAAUUUCCUUAUUUUAUAUCAGUUUCUUAACAGUUAUAAACAGGACUUUCAAAGGGAAACGAAGGUCUUGGUGCAUUCUCUUACAAAGCCUAUGCCCUUCCAUUGCUGGCUUAUUUUAUCCUUAUUUACUUGAUGUGUUAGAUUCAAAAUAUGGCGUACGUGGAACAUUAUUAGUUAUAGGUGGAGUGUUCUGUAAUUCAUUUGUGUUUUCUUUAAUGAUAUGGUUGCGCCGUAAUAAUCUUACUUUACAACCGGAAGACAAGUCUGGGGAACAAGAAAAACAUUGUUAUAAUACCAUCAGUAAGAAACCGAGAAAAGAACAAAUCCGCGUUAAUGUAGAAAGUUUUUUCAAAGGUUUAAUGACAAAACGGUACAUCUGCCUUCUUGUUGCAGCUUCCAUAUCUCUAGGAAUAUCAGAUGCAUUCCUCGACUUUAUGUUUGAUAUAUCACACUGGAAAGGAUUUGAUAAUUCUGAAGCAAAGAUGGUAUUUGUUGUUUACAAUUUAUGUAGUAUAUUUUUUUCUAUCAUUGUUGGACUGAUUCAGCAAGUUCUAGAUAUUGAUACAUACUUGCUCCCCUUUGGACUUGCUCUUUUUGCGUGUAUUGGCUGCCUUAUUGUGAUAUAUGCAGACACGUUUGUUUUGUAUGCAAUCGGACUGGCAUGUAUGAGUGCAGUGAUCGGAAUUCUGGCCUGUGCAUCCGUGAUAUGUGCAGAUCUUGUGCGUCAUGAACUGGCAAACGUUGCUAUAGGAACGAUUGUGACCUUUGCUGGUGCAUUGUCUGCUGGAAUGGGACCAAUAUAA